UACAAGCAACAUUUGAAAAAAUCGGCCAAAGAAAAAGAUAAUCUGUUAACUUGCCUUGCUGAUCUUUUCCACAAUAUCGCAACUCAAAAGAAGCGAGUUGGUACUAUUGCUCCGAAACGAUUUGUUACCAAAUUAAAGAAAGAAAACGAUAUAUUUGACAAUUUCUCUCAGCAAGAUGCGCAUGAAUUUCUAAAUUAUUUAUUGAAUACAAUAUCGGAAACCCUUGCAGAAGAGAAAAAAGCUGAAAAAGCGGAAAGAAUGGCUCGUAUUAGUGGCAUGGUAAAAAAGGACAAUUUUAUUUCAUCGUCAUAUGAACCACUGACAUUUUGUCAACCAAGGUAUAAGUUUUUUAUUUAUAGCUCGAAAUGUGAUGCCACUUGGAUUCAAGAAAUUUUUCAAGGGACUUUAACAAAUGAAACACGCUGCCUUAAUUGCGAAACUGUAUCAAGCAAAGAUGAAGAUUUUUUGGAUCUUAGCGUUGACGUUGAGCAAAAUGCGUCAAUUACUCAUUGUUUACGCGUGUUUUCAAACAUGGAGACAUUACAAGGCGAGCAAAAGUAUUACUGCGAGAAUUGUUGUUCUAAACAGGAGGCCCAAAAACGUAUGCGCAUCAAAAAACUGCCGCAGAUGUUGGCAUUACAUUUGAAACGAUUUAAAUAUGUCGAACAGAUUAGUCGUCACACGAAACUCUCAUAUAGAGUUUUAUUUCCGCUGGAAUUACGCCUUUUCAAUGUGAGUGAUGAUGCAGUGAAUAGGGAUCGAUUAUACGAUUUGUGUGCAGUGGUAGUACAUUGUGGUUCAACACCAAAUCGUGGUCACUAUAUUACUAUCGUGAAAUCGCAUAAUUUCUGGCUUCUGUUUGAUGAUGAUAUAGUUGACAAAAUCGAUCCCGUAACAAUUGAAGACUUUUUUGGUCUUUCGGAAUACGGUGUACAAAAGAACAGUGAAUCUGCAUAUAUUUUGUUUUACGAAGCGAGAGAUGUCAUAAAUACAGAUGUUAAAGGACCCGCUGGGCAAUUUAUUAAUUCAUCUAUUUAG